AUGUUCGGCCCCUUGUCUUUCGACGAGUCGCGAAAGAAAAGCUUUUCGCACGACCGAGAAACUAAAUGCCCGUUGUGCACGAAUCAGUACAACUUGAAGGGGGAGCUGAGUUUUUUCUGCAAGCAUUUAUUCGAAGACCAUCGGUUGGUUAUAGAGGAUGUCCAGAAUAUCGAAAACUUACAUGAUUAUGUAAAUUACUGGGGAAAUAAGUUUAGAACACACAACAUGGAGGAAAUAAUACCGAGCAUUGAAGUUAAAGAAACCGAGAGCACAUAUUACUUAUUAUCGAGUUUGUUGAAGGAAGACAAGGAUUUGAGGCAUAAAUUAAGGUUGGAUGAAGCAAUGAAGGUGCUGGAAUACGAGCGAACGGAUAAAUCCUACAUACGGCAGUGUUUGUUUUGCAAGUUAAACUACGAAGGGUCUCGUCCGGAUUAUCUAAAGCACUUGUCGGAACAACACAAUUUGCAGCUGGGGAAUCCUCAGAAUUUAGUGUUUGUGGAGGAAUUAAUAGAGAAAAUAUCAAAGAAAUUGAGCGAUCUGCAAUGUUUGUACUGUGGGAAAAUUUUUCCUGAAAGAAGUAUUUUGAAAGAGCACAUGCGUAAAAAACUGCAUAAAAGGAUUAAUCCGGGGGAUAAAGAAUAUGAUAAGUACUAUAUAGUGAAUUAUUUGGAGGUUGGCAAAACUUGGGAAGCCAUACAAGAUGAAGAUGACAGAUAUGCAUUACCUAGAGGUUAUGAUCAAAACACAGAUGAAGAAUAUUCUGACUGGGAAGAUUCCCAAGACGACAUAACCUGUUUGUUUUGCGUAAAAAAGGAUACCAACAUAAACACCUUGUGUUUGCACAUGGAUGGAGAUCACGACUUUGAUUUUGUUGAGGUGACCAAAAGUUUGGAUUUUUAUCAAAAAAUAAAACUUGUGAAUUACAUAAGAAGGCAGGUGCACGAUAAAAAAUGCUUUUUCUGUGAUAUAAGUUGCGAAAAUGUUGAGGAACAUUUAAGGGAAGAAAAACAUUGCAAAAUACCCAGUGUUAGAACUUUUGACCAACCAGAAUACUAUUUUCCUACAUAUGAAAAUGAUGCAUUUUUGUAUUACAUUGAUGAUGUUGAAGAAAAUGAGUGA